GUCUUUUCCAGUUGGUAUAGUUCCUCCUAGAAGCAAAUCGCCAAUGCCUGAAUCUUCUACAAUUGCAUCUUACGUUACUUUAAGAAAGCAUAGGAAAAUGGAUGGCACAGUACCUCAUGUGGAAAGACCCAAGAGUGCAAUUGAGCAGCUUUUCCUAGCAGAAGGUCCGCGACCUCGAAUGAGCGUUGAGGAACAACUUGAAAGGAUAAAACGCCAUCAGCAAGCUUCUCUGAAAGAUAAAAGGAAAGGAUUAAAUUUGAUAACUCUACAAGAUCAAUCACCAGCAAAAAGUCUAUCAAGAGAAAAGAACCAGAUAAAGCCAAUUUAUUCUGGAGACAAGUAUUCAGUUCAUAGAAGCAAAACUGCUGAAAGUAAUAUCAAAGAAUUGGAAGCUGCUGUUCAAAAUGAUAGUUGGAACCAACAUCGAGAAACUGCAGCUGAGGAAAUUGCUCGUUUGAAAGAAGAGCAUAUUGAACCAAAUCAAGAAAAGUUGGAAAGUGGGAAUGAUUCCUCAGGCCAAGUGCUCAUGUCUGAAAGGUGCACUGACGCGGAUUCUAAGAUACAAAGCCCUGAUGAAACUGUGGAUAAAAAGAAGGAUCUUGAUGGAAUAAAAUCCAGAAGCAGUGUGUUAACUGUGGCCCCCGUUGUUAACCACAAAACCGAUAUCAGGGCUGAUGAGGAAAAUGCUCAGGAAGGCGUGAAGAUGAUUAAUAUCUCCAAUGAACUAGCUGCAGAUGCACCAAGAAACAGCAAACUUGUAGCAGAACAAAGUCUGUCUUCUCCACUUCAAUCCCCAACAUCCCCAUCGCACCCACAGCUCACAGAAGGAUCUCACUUUAUGUGUGUCUGAUAUAAAAAAGUAAG